AUGCUGUCUUUGCAGGUAAAUUUGUCUGUUAUUAAAUACGCCAGAAUGUCAGACCAUGAGACUGAUAAGAACAUUGAGAUUUGGAAGAUUAAAAAGCUUAUCAAAGCACUUGAAGCUGCUCGAGGUAAUGGCACAAGCAUGAUUUCUCUUAUCAUGCCUCCUCGUGAUCAGAUUUCUCGUGUCACUAAGAUGCUUGGAGAUGAGUUUGGAACUGCUUCAAACAUUAAGAGCAGGGUCAAUCGUCAAUCUGUGCUGGGUGCUAUUACAUCCGCUCAGCAAAGGCUCAAACUUUACAACAAGGUUCCUCCCAAUGGGCUUGUGCUUUACACUGGAACAAUUGUAACUGAAGAUGGGAAGGAAAAGAAAGUAACAAUUGACUUUGAGCCUUUCAGGCCCAUAAAUGCGUCUCUUUACCUCUGUGACAACAAAUUUCAUACAGAAGCUCUGAAUGAACUCUUGGAAUCUGAUGACAAGUUUGGUUUUAUUGUCAUGGAUGGGAAUGGGACUCUUUUUGGGACACUGAGUGGCAACACUCGUGAAGUUCUGCAUAAGUUUACUGUUGACCUUCCUAAGAAACACGGGAGAGGAGGGCAAUCUGCUCUUCGAUUUGCUCGUCUUCGAAUGGAGAAGCGCCACAACUAUGUGAGGAAGACAGCAGAACUUGCCACACAGUUCUAUAUCAAUCCUGCCACCAGCCAGCCUAAUGUUUCAGGAUUGAUACUUGCUGGGUCAGCUGACUUCAAGACUGAGUUGAGUCAAUCAGAUAUGUUUGAUCCUCGACUUCAGGCAAAAAUUCUUAAUGUGGUUGAUGUUUCAUACGGAGGAGAGAAUGGUUUUAACCAGGCAAUUGAGCUGUCAGCGGAAAUUCUUUCCAAUGUGAAAUUUAUACAGGAGAAACGCUUGAUAGGCAAGUACUUUGAAGAGAUAAGUCAGGAUACUGGAAAAUAUGUUUUUGGUGUUGAUGACACACUGAAAGCUUUGGAGAUGGGUGCUGUUGAAACUUUGAUUGUGUGGGAAAGUUUGGAUAUUAAUAGGUACCAGUUGAAAAACACAGUCACUGGUGAGGUUAUGAUAAAACAUUUGAACAAGGAGCAGGAUACCAACCAGAGCAACUUUAGGGAUUCAACAACCAAUGCCGAAUUGGAAGUUCAGGAUAAGAUGCCACUGCUGGAGUGGUUUGCUAAUGAGUACAAAAAGUUCGGUUGCACUCUAGAGUUUGUUACUAACAAAUCUCAAGAAGGAUCCCAAUUUUGCAGAGGAUUUGGUGGGAUUGGUGGGAUCCUCCGUUACCAACUUGAUAUGAGAACAUUUGAUGAGCUUUCUGAUGGAGAUUUUUAUGAUGAUUCUGAAUAG